UACCAUUGACAUGGCUCCCGGCGGCGGGCCUUCACCUCUCAUCCGGUUCCCGGCGCCCGAGCCCGUUAUCGUUCCUGGACCCCGGCUCUCGGCACCCGAGCCAACCAUUGCCCUGGUUCCAGGCGGCGGGCCUUCACCUCUCGUCCGGUUCCCGGCGCCCGGGCCCGUUAUCGUUCUCGGACCCCGGCUCUUGGCACCCGGGCCCACCAUUGCCCCGGCUCCCGGCGGCGGGCCUUCACCUCUCCUCCGGUUCCCGGCGCCCGGGCCCGUUAUCGUUCCCGGACCCCGGCUCCCGGCACCCGGGGCCAACCAAUGCCCCGGCUCCUGGCGGCGGGCCUUCACCUCUCGUCCGGUUCUUGGGGCCCGGGCCCGUCAUCGUACCCGGACCCCGGGCCCACCACUGCCUCUGCUCCCGGAGGCGAGCCUUCACCUCUCGUCCGGUUCCCGGCGCUCGGGCCUGUUAUCGUUCCCGGACCCCGGCUUCCGGCACCCAGGCCCACCAUUGCCCCGGAUCCCGGCGGCGGGCCUUCACCUCUCGUCCGGUUCCUGGCGCCAAGGGCCCGUCAUCGUACCCGGACCACUGCUCCCCGAACCCGGGCCCACCAUUGCCCCGGCUCCCGGUGGCGGGCCUUCACCUCUCAUCCGGUUCCCAGCGCCUGGGCCCGUUAUGGUUCCUGGACCUCGGCUCCCGGCAUCCUGGCCCACCAUUCCUCCGGCUCCCGGCGGCGGGCCUUCACUUGUCAUCCGGUUCCCGACGCUCGGGCCCGUUAUCGUUCCCGGACCCCGGCUCCCGGCACCUGGGCCUGUUAUCGUUCCCGGACCCCGGCUCCCGGCACCCAGGUCCCACCAUUGCCCCGGCUCCUGGCGGCGGGCCUUCACCUCUCGUCCAGUUGCCGGCGCUCGGGCUUGUUAUCGUUCCCAGACCCCUUCUUCAGGCACCCGGGCCCACCAUUGCCCCGGAUCCCGGCGGCGGGCCUUCACCUCUCGUCCGGUUCCCGGCUCCCGGGCCCCUCAUCGUACCCGGACCCCUGCUCCCGGAACCCUGGCACCCCCGGCUCCCAGCGGCGGGCCUUCACCUCUCCUCCGGUUCCCGGCGCCCGGGCCCGUUAUCGUUCCCGGACCACGACUCCCGGCACUCGGGCCCACCAUUGCCCUGGCUCCCGGAGGCGGAUUUUCACCUCUCGUCCGGUUCCCGGCGCGCGGGCCCGUUAUCGUUCCCGGCUCCCGGCACCCGGCCCCACCAUUGCCCCGGCUCCCGGCGGCGGGCCUUCACCUGUCAUCCGGUUCCCGGCGCCCGGGCCCGUUAUCGUUCCCGGACCUCGGCUCCCAGCACCCGGGGCGCACCAAUGCCACGGCUCCUGGCGCCGGGCCUUCACCUCUCGUCCGGUUCCCGGCGACCGGGCCCGUCAUCGUACCCGGACCCCUGCUCCCGGAACCCGGGCCCACCACUGCCUCUCCUCCCGGAGGCGGGCCUUCACCUCUGGUCCUGUUCCCGGCGCUCGGGCCCGUUAUCGUUCCCGGCUCCCGGCACCCGGGCCUGUUAUCCUUCCCGGACCCCGGCUCCCGGCACCCGGGUCCCACCAUUGCCCCGGCUCCCGGCACCCGGGUCCCACCAUUGCCCCGGCUCCUGGCGGCGGGCCUUCACCUCUUGUCCGGUUGCUGGCGCUCGGGCCUGUUAUCGUUCCCGGACCCCUUCUUCCGGCACACGGGCCCACCAUUGCCCCGGAUACCGGCGGCGGGCCUUCACCUCUCGUCCAGUUCCCGGCUCCCGGGGCUGUCAUCGUACCCGGACUCCUACUGCCGGAAUCCGGGCCCACCACUGCCCCUACUCCUGGCGGCGGACCUUCACCUCUCGUCCGGUUCCCGGCGCCCGGGCGCGCUAUCGUUCCCGGACCCUGGCUCCCGGCACCCGGGCCUACCGUUGCCCCGGCUUCCGGCGCCAGGCCUACGCCUCUCGUCCGGUGCUCGGCGCCCGCGUUGAUACUGAUUCCGAGAUCCUCCCGCCUCCUGGCGCCCGGGCCCGCUUUCACCCCCUCUCCCGGCGCCCGGGCUCGCUGUCGCCCCCUGCUCCCAGUACCCGGAUCCGCAUCUAUUCUCCCCACCUGUAUCCAUUGCAUGUGUAUUACCUGCACAUAUGUCAUGCCCUCUACUCAAUUAGUUUGCAUGUGGCAUAAGUGUUCCCCUUAGGCAGAAACAUGGUUGACAUGUGUACAACCACAUGGCGGGAGCAGAUGGGCCUAGACGACACAUGUCCAGUGACGUGUCUUUCCGGCGCCGACACUUGUCCUUCCGUUGCCCCCCUGGUAGUUAUUAUAUAGCUAGCCCACUCUCUCCAGUAAAAGGUAAGGCAGGAG